AUGCCAAGCAAACUGUUUUUGACCAAUGCCGACACGGUAAUAAUUGGAUCAGGGAUAUCUGGCGCCCUGAUAGCAGACAAUCUGCUUAUCCGUGAUCAUGGGGAAGGCAAGAAACGUCUUGUCAUACUGGAAGCCCGUACCGUCGCGAGUGGAGCGACAGGGAGGAAUGGCGGUCAUAUAAAACCAGACUGUAUUCGAGGAUUCGCAGACUAUGAGCAGAUGUGGGACACGGAAACGGCUCGAAAGCAGUGUGAAUUCGAGCGGGCGAAUCAAGAGAAGCUCUCCGCAUUCAUCAAGGACCAAGGCCUGGCCGAUGUCGCUGAGCUGGUGGAUUAUCGGGCCGCGGACUGCUGCAUGACAAAGGCAACUUGGGCAAAAGAGUUCGCACCGUAUCAGAGUUUCUCAAAGCAUGGCUUGUUCUUGUACAGCAACACUCCGGCGCUGGAAAUCACGCCGUCUUCGAAACCAAAGUGGAAAAUCAAGACGAGCAAGGGUUACAUCGUCUGCGAUCGAAUCAUCCAUGCCACAAACGGAUAUGCGACCUUCCUGAUGCCUGAGCUCUCAGAAAAGCUUGUGCCACUCCAAGGUCACGCUGUCGCGACCGACCCCAGCUCAGAUUACUCGGAGACUCCACUCAGUCACUCCUACGCCUUUCACUGGGGCGAGGACUUCCACUAUCUCAUCCAACGGCCGAGUGACGGCAAACCCCUGAUAUAUGGUGAUUGCCUUCACUGGAAGCACCAACACAGCGACACAGCGAAGCAAAUCAUGAGAACGGCCAGCGUCAACCUCAAGAACGUCACGCUUGAAACGGGUGGAAAGUCACCUAUCCUCAUCUUCGAUGAUGCCGACCUAGAACAAGCGACAAAGUGGGCCCAUAUUGGUAUUAUGGCCAACCAAGGCCAGGUCUGUACCGCUACAAGCAGAAUCCUUGUCCAGAAAGGGCCACUAUACGACAAGUUUAUCGCCCAGUUCAAGAAGGGUGCGCAGGUGUCCCAGGCGCAACACGACAGAGUCCUCAACUUGAUUCAAUCAGGGAAAGACCAAGGAGCUAAGGUCGCUCAUGGCGGAUCAGCUCACACCUGCCAAAAAACCGGAGGGAAGGGAUAUUUCAUCGAGCACGCCGUCUUCACCAAUGUCGAGCCUUGGAUGGAUAUCUAUCGAGAAGAGAUAUUUGGCCCAGUAGCGGUUGUCGUCCUCUUUGAAACCGAGGAGGACGCGGUCGAGCUCGCCAACAAUCACAUCUACGGCCUCGGAAGCGCAAUCUUCACUCGCGAUGUCGAGCGAGCUCAUCGUGUGGCGGAACAGAUCGAAUCGGGCAUGGUUUGGAUCAAUAGCAGUCAAGACAGCGACGUCACAGUUCCGUUUGGAGGAGUGAAACAGAGCUGUAUUGGCAGAGAGCUUGGUGAAGCAGCACUGGAAGCAUACACCCAAGUCAGAGCGGUGCAUCUGAACAUGGGGUUGAAGCUGUAA